UUCCGAGCUUGGUCAAGCACCCCUGACGUUUGAAUGAAGCUCCCAGGAAAUUGCAAGAGGCAUCGAAGGUCUGUAUAUAUGAUCAUUAAUUAAAACUCCUCAACUCGAUCUUUGUUGCAGCGGCCUGUUUAGUUAUCAAACAGUAUGGAUUUGCCAUUACCAAAGAGAAGAAAAAUCCUUUCGGAUUCCAUUAUUACUCAAUAAGAAAAGGCCACUUCUUUCUCUUCUCGUCUCACCCCUUCACGUCCAUAUGAUGUGUUUUUGAGUUUUAGAGGUGUGGAUACACGAAACAACUUCACAGGCCAUUUGUACACAUAUUUGGUUCAGAAGGGAAUUGAAACCUUCAUAGAUGACGAAGAGCUUAGACAAGGAGAAGAAAUAUCAUCUGCACUUCUCAAAGCAAUUCAAGGUGGAUGUCUCCGAUGUACGGUACCAGAAAGGCAAAUAUGGUGAGGCACUUGCUAAACAUGAGUUCAGAUUAAAAGACAACAUGGACAAGGUGAAAAGAUGGAGGACGGCUCUUAGGGAUGCAGCAACUUUAUCGGGGUGGACUUUCUCCGACGGCCAUGAAGCUAAGUUCAUUAGAAAGAUUGCUGAAGAUAUUUCAGCACAAGUAGCAAAACGUAGCCAUGUAGAUGUGACCCAGCAUCCCGUUGGAAUAGAGUCUCGAGUACAAGAUAUGCUUGAGCUUUUAGAUGUCGGGGGAAGUGAUGUUCGCAUGGUUGGCAUAUGGGGUAUUGAUGGGAUAGGCAAAACAACAAUUGCUAAAGCUGUUUACAACUUAAUUGCUUGUAGGUUCGAAGGUUGUUGUUUCUUGGGAAAUGUUAAAGCAGAUUCAGUACCCCAUCGAGGCCUAGUUCGACUACAAAAUAAUCUUCUUUAUGAGAUCUUAGGGGGGCGGAAAAUGAAGAUGACCGAUGCUGAUAGAGGAAUCCAGGUGAUAAAGGAAAGGUUAGGUGGUAAAAAGGUUCUCUUAGUUCUAGAUGAUGUGAAUGAAUCGAACCAGUUGGACAAAUUAGCUGGAGGAUUGGAUUGGUUUGGUUAUGGCAGCAGAAUUAUCAUAACAACAAGAGAUAAACGUUUGCUAAUUGCUCAUCAAGUCUAUCCAAUAUACACAGCCAAGGCAUUAGAUAAUGAUGAAUCCCGUAACCUCUUGAUUUUGAAUGCCUUCAAGGAUAACAGAAAUCCAGAUGAGUGUGUGCAAUUUCCAAUUGAUACUGCUGUACUCUAUGCUCAUGGCCUUCCAUUAGCUGUAAACAUUUUAGGUUCACUUCUCUGUGGUAAGGGUAUAGAUCAAUGGCAUGCUGCUUUAGAUGCUUACAAAAGAUUUCCUAACAGCCAUAUCCAAAAAGUCCUUGAAACAAGUUACAGUGCAUUGGAAGAUCCGUUGAAAGAAGCAUUUCUCGACAUUGCAUGUUUCUUAAAAGGUAGACAUAAGGACUAUGUUAUGCAAGCACUAGAGGAUCCUUACCUUAACCCUUUACAGGCUAUUGAAGUACUUGAAGAAAGGGCCCUUGUGACUAUUGAUGAACUUGGUAUGAUUUGGAUGCAUGACUUGCUGGAGGAAAUGGGAAAAGAAAUUGUUCGUAAAGAGUCACCCCAAGAUGCUGGCAGACGUAGCAGACUAUGGUUUCAUGAUGAUGUUUAUCGUGUGUAAGCCGAAAAUACAGGCUCAAAUAAAGUUGAAGGCAUUAGAGUAGAGCUACCAAGAGAAGAUGAGAUAUGCUUGGGUGCUAAAUGUUUUUAAAAGAUGAUAAAUCUUCAACUUUUUAUAAACAUUAAUGCACGCUUCUCUGGAGAGGUUAAUUAUCUCCCAAAUCAAUUGAGGUUCCUUGAUUGGCCUGGAUUCCCAGCACAAUCUUUGCCAUCCGACUUCAAUCCGCAAAAACUUAUCAAGCUCAAUAUGCCAAACAGUCGCAUCUCACGACUUGGGCAAGGACUCAAGAAUUUACAAAAUUUAAAAUCUCUAAGUUUUGAAAGUUGCACAUUCCUAACAGAGGUCCCUGACUUGUCCGGAAUGUUCCCAAACUUGGAGAUGUUGAAUUUAAGUUUCUGUACAAGUUUAGCUGAAUUGCAUCCUUCUGUUGGAUUCCUUGAUAAGCUUGUUGAAUUGAAUCUUUGGGGUUGCUACUUGCUAUAACCUUGAGAUGUUUCCAAGAAUAGUGAACGUGAAAUCUCUGCAAAGUAUUUAUUUGAGAGACUGCAGGAGGAUCAAGAACUUCCCAGAAAUUGUGGGAAGGAUGGAAUCCUUAACAAUCAUGAAUGUUUCUGAAACUGCCAUCAAAGAAUUGCCUUCAUCAA